UUCAGGGGGCGGAAGUGGCUGUUGGAGGCUUUAAGGUGGCUUUAAGGUAGCUUUAAAUUCCCGUUGUCUUGGGAGCUCGCCCCUUUCAGCUGGAGUCGGGCUCCGCGCGACGGAUGGCUGUGGACGUGAAGUCGCGAGCGAAGCGUUAUGAAAAACUGGACUUCCUCGGGGAGGGACAGUUUGCCACGGUUUACAAAGCCAGAGACAAGAACACCAACCAAAUUGUCGCCAUUAAGAAAUCAUUUCUAGGCCAAGCAUGCCUGUGUCCUCUACCCUUGGUUUUCACUCCUUGGAACAAUCACUUUCAACUCCAAAAUUGUUUUCUCAGAUCAAACUUGGACAUAGAUCAGAAGCUAAAGAUGCUCCUUGAUGCUUUUGGACAUAAAUCUAAUAUUAGCCUUGUCUUUGAUUUUAUGGAAACUGAUCUAGAGGUUAUAAUAAAGGAUAACAGUCUUGUGCUGACACCAUCACAUAUCAAAGCCUACAUGUUGAUGACUCUUCAAGGAUUAGAAUAUUUACAUCAACAUUGGAUUCUACAUAGGGACCUAAAACCAAACAACUUGUUGCUAGAUGAAAAUGGAGUUCUAAAACUGGCAGAUUUUGGCCUGGCCAAAUCAUUUGGGAGCCCCAAUAGAGCUUAUACACAUCAGGUUGUAACCAGGUGGUAUCGGGCCCCUGAGCUACUAUUUGGAGCUAGAAUGUAUGGUGUAGGUGUGGACAUGUGGGCUGUUGGCUGUAUAUUAGCAGAGUUGCUUCUGAGGGUUCCUUUUUUGCCAGGAGACUCAGACCUUGAUCAACUAACAAGAAUAUUUGAAACAUUGGGUACACCAACUGAAGAACAGUGGCCUGACAUGUGUAGUCUUCCAGAUUUCGUGACAUUUAAGAGUUUCCCUGGAAUCCCAUUACAACAUAUCUUCAUUGCAGCAGGAGAUGACUUGCUAGAUCUUAUACAAGGCUUAUUCUUAUUUAAUCCGUGUACUCGAAUUACAGCCACACAGGCAUUGAAAACCAAGUAUUUUAGUAAUCGGCCAGGGCCAACACCUGGAUGUCAGCUGCCAAGACCAAACUGUCCAGUGGACGCUUUAAAGGAGCAGUCCAAUCCAGCCAUAGCAACAAAACGGAAGAGAACAGAGGCCUUGGAACAAGGAGGAUUACCCAAGAAGCUAAUUUUUUAGUUACAGAGAAUACUGGACAAUAUUCUACUACUGAAGAGAAUAGUGAAAAAGGCAAGAUAGUAAACAUUAAUUAAAUGCUUUAAAAGAAAAAUUUGUAAAUAUUCUAUACAUGUAAAAUAUGUAAAACUGGGUUAUUUUAUUAAAUGUAUUUUAAAACAAACUUAAUUCUGAUUUUUCUGAUUAGAGUGCAAAAGUAAGUUCAGUUCUCUGAAAUGUAGAAUUG